CAACUCCAAGUGGCAGAAGAAGAAGGAACUCAGUUGUCGUGUUCCCGCUUAGUUGCGGUGUUACUCCUAGAGUUAUAGUUCAAGUCGUUCUUUAAUCUGGGAUCUAUUUUGCGGACAAGAUCAUCGCUUUUAGGAGAAACACGAACUUUCACUUGAAAAAGCGACUUGUAGGUAGAGCGUUAACAGCAGGUGACGUCAUCAUGAGAUAAGGGGCGUAACAAAUCAUGUGUAAUAAUUGCCAGGUAUUCUGAGAUUGUCUCCAUCGAUUACAUAACAUGGCUUUCAUUACAUCACCCCUCUAUUGUAUGUAAAUAGACCGUUAGAGAUGACAAGACAGGAAUGACAGUAAGCUUAGACUUACGAAAGAGGUGCAUGAACACGCAGGAAAUACGACGAUACUCGGCCAUCGAUCCUUUUUCUUCUUCUUCCGCGAAGACUGGAGCGAAUUGACUCAUUCGAGCGACGCUCUUUCUCAGGAAUAGUUGCAUAUUCUCAGCGUUCUUCCCUCUGCCGUGUUUGAAGGAAAUUUCUACAUAUAAUCUAGAAAAGGAGUAGUAAAUAAUGUCAGCUGUAGUGAAAGAUUUAACGUUUUAGAAAUCGAGAAGUGAUUGCGUAGCUUAUUUUUAUGCAUUUACCAGAAAAGUAAGCAUUGCGGUUGAUACUACUCCACUGUGGCGUGAAGAAUUCGUGAGUGUUAGAAAGAUAAGCAAUCGUCAUUAAGUUAUCUCAUUAUCUCUUCCAAACAAACUUAUCUUUAUAACAAUCAGUGUCCGAUUAACGUCCGAGUGAAAACAGUGCAACAUAAUACGUUCAAAGAGACACGCAGAUGCUCUAAGGUAUAGACCAAUGUGAGAGAGAGAGAGAAAAAUGAAUGUGUUGACAUCAACGCUACUCUUACUGGGGCUUAGUGCGACUGCGCUGUCUCAGCUUGGCGAAACCAAACCAAGUGUGGCGACGAGUCAGCCUUCCGUAUCCACCGCCCCUGUCUUUUACGACGAAGUCGUCUACGACGAUUAUGACAGCCCAGACAUCGUCCUAAAUAAGGAUGCAGGACUCCGCAGGACAAGCCACAAGUCUGUGGAGGGCACUUACCAAGGAUGUUUGAGCGAAGACUACAUAACCAAUGGAACGUACAUUUACUUCAAUCUUACCCAGGAUAUGAAGGACGAGUUUAGCGUCAGCAACGAAGCCGAGGCCUGUUUCAACCUGUGUCUCAACAAGGACCCCUUCUCCUUCUUCGUCAGUGUCAACAAAGGACUCAGAGGCUCCAAUGAUGGUUGUGGUUGUCACGCUGAGGACGAGAUAGACCUACAGAAGAUUGAAUGGGAUGACAGCGCCUGUGAUGAAGACGAGAACUGCGCAAGAAUUUACUGUGGGCCUGAGAACAUCGGCUGCAUCAAUGCGGCUCCUCCAUCUUUCCUCAGUUGUUCCACCAACGUGUUUUGGUUCAUCGUGUCGUUCCUCGUCGUGUGGACAGAGUGGAUGAGGUGACCGCUCGAAGCAAGUGCCCGUGCUGACAUAAGGGCUUCUACUGUGUAACUCUACUUAUAACUAUCCUGUACAAAGUCAUUUCUUUUCUUAUCUAUGAAAGAUAAAUAUUUACAUGGUUAAAUGCAUAUUGUUAUAUAUAAAAUAUAGUUUUUCUAAUGAAUACUAGCUAUGUUGAAAUUUAUUCCUGACGAUGCAUAGCAGAUAUAAUAAAUGGGGUAAUUAUUUUA